AUGUGGCGGUGGUACCUUGUGGCGGUGGUGGUGAAGGCCGUGUGGCGGUGGUGGUGGGUGGGUGUGGGGGUGUGGGUGGGUGGGAUGUGGGUGGGUGGGCAAGCGGUCUUCAGAGGAGUUGUGCUCAAGAUCACGAAGGACGUGUCGCUCCAUGAGUUGAGCGCCGGCUUGGGGCUGGUCUUGGAGGAGGAGGUCGUCUUCUGGAGCUGGGAGGCUGUUCAUGAUGGUGGCUCGCCUUUUGCCCAGUGGUCCAGCUGGCCAGGCUGGAUGCUGGGCCCGAGCGCGCCGUGCUCGGGAGGAUUGGCCGUCCGAGCCUGCAAUUCGACUCCCUCGUGUCUCCAUGUGAUGCUUCACCCAUCACAGUCCACCACAGGUGGUCGAGUCUCCAGCCUCAUACUUGGAAACACAAGUCACGGCCAUGAUGAUGCAGAGCUUGCUGCGCUGUCGGAUGGCGGCUUAGCCAUAGCUUCCAAGUACAGGGCCGCCGGCAUCUGUCACCUGGAGAUCUCGGUCUUCAGCCCAUCUGCCUUGCGCAGUGGGGCUCCCUCGUCUACCCAGGCAGGGGUCUUGCUUUAUGAGAUUUGUGACGGAGACCUGCUUGUGACGGUCUGCACUUACAACGCAUCGGAUGCGUUGGCCAUACUGUCGGUUCGCACCAUGCACGUCUUCCCAGUGACUGGUGGGCAUCUGGGACAGAUGGUCUCUUGGCCGGCUCCUCUGGGUGAAGAGCUUCCGACGUCCCUCUUGCUUCUGCCAGGGUUCCUGGGCAAGAAUGCCUGGGAGAACCUACUGGCUGUGGCAACGAUUUGGUCCAUUCGCUUCCUGCAGCUUGGGGCCUUGAAUCCCCCACAGACAUUCGCACAGCCACUUCGGGUGACAGAUGGAGACACGUAUGUGACCUACAUGUUUCCAUGGGGCAGAAUGGGUUUGGGGGUGCACUGCCAAGGGCUUGGCUUUUAUUUCUUCAACUACUCAGCGGCACAGCAGAGCGCGGACGAAGCGUGGCAGACGAUUCUUCCUUUGUCACUGGUGCAGGGUAUGUAUGUGGAGGGCGUGGUGGGCGUCGGCAGCGGAUUGGCUGCUAUUGCUCCGAACCAGUCUGCCCCAGGGUACAUGGGGUCAUGCCUGUACUUCCUGACGAACUCCACUGCAAAUGGCGACUGGAAGGCCACUGUGUUGGACGGCCCCGCUGCUGGAGAUCUUGAGACUGCUAGCAUCAUGGCUGUGUCUGAGAGCAUCUUAGUGUGCGCGGCUCCCAAUUCGCCUUGGCUUUUCUGGAACCUGUCGGCAGAUGCCGUCAAGUCGAGCACCUUGGGGGAACCCUCCCCUGCAGGCGCUGUGAUUCGGCCGUUUUGCACUCUUGGGGGCCCUCCUUCGGGGCAGCUACUGGGAAGCACUGGCAACGGAGACCUGGUCGUCUCUGCCGGUUCAUCCAUCCUCUUGCUCCACGCUGCUGACAUCGACCGUUGUCGGCUGUCCUUCGUAAAGUUGCACUCAAGAAACUCAUCAAGGGGCUAUUCGUAUUCACCCACCAGCCGUGGGCAAGUUCGCGCUGUUCCUUGCUGUGGAGGUGGGGUUGCUGUCGCUCACUCACCAACUUCCAUCGCCGCCGCGCACCUGGUCUCACUGUUCAACGCGUCCGUGGUGGAGCUUGGCGGGGUGUCCUUUGAAGAGCUUCAGGUGGGCAGCGAGUUUCUGACCAUUUGGUCACUGCUGGCCCUCCCUGGCGGCCUGGCAGUCGGCACCAGCGAGAGUCGCAGCAGGUUGCAGGAGAACAAGGUCCACGUCUUCCACGAAUCCGGGAGUCGCCCAGGAAGCUUGCAAGAGACGGUGGCCUUCGACGCGUACGGGACGCCCUCGCGGCUCAGCGCCUACGCCCGCGGGCCUGGCAGAGCGCUGCCGGACUUCUUCCUCGCUGGCUCGAUGGUCUUCAGACCACAGCUCUGUCCUGACAUGACGUAUGGUGAAGGAGGGAGCUGCAAAGACUGCCCCGGCGACCUGAUGUCCCUGCCGGGUUCGGCUGCGUGCAACUUUCGGCCCGGCAAGCCCAUGGUGGUGGCCCUUCUGCUCAGUGUGGUGCUUUGCUUCUUGUCUUUGAGCAUUGGCAAGGACUUGGAGGCGGCGCUCUCGCAAGCCUUGCAGACGGAGCUCUGCCUCCACUGGUUCCGGGCCUCUGCCUUUGCUGGCGCAUCCUUGCCAGUCCUGGCAGGGUUUAUGUGCAGACGCUACGGGCCAGUGUGGAUUUCAGCCGUUCUGAUAUUCCUUGCGCUCACAGCUUUUGCCGUUGAGCACUGGGCCUGGCGACCGCGCCCGGGCAUUCUGGGUAUACCCUCCAUGUCCGGUCCACUGCUGCUGCUGGUGGGCCACGGUAUGGUGACCAGCCUUAUGCUGAUACUGGACCGCCUGUAUGUGGGGCUGACGUUGCCGCGCCACCCUGUCUUGACACUGGUGGGCCACGACCAGGGUGAGAGUGUGUGGUCUUGCAGCGUCUUGUUGGCGAGCGCGAGCGUCGCGCUGAUUGCCGUGGCUGCAUGGCUCUCGGGAGCUCAGAGGCUGGCCCCGCGCCCGCCGGCCGGCGGAAGGAACUCCUUGUACAGAGAGAGGACUCUCGACAGGCUUGCAGUGGGCAACAGGCUCGGUUGCAGCUGCUGCGCGGGCGGGAGAUGCCGCUGUGGGAGGUGGGCGAACGAAGCGCGCCGCUUCUUCACCGGCUGGACAGGUCGCCACAGCGUCAUGGUGGCCAACGGUUGCAUCACCACCGCUGCGUGCGUGUACCAGUACAUGGAGCCGGUCUACAGUCCACGGGACGGUCUCCUGGCAGUGGUGGCCUCACUUGGAUUGCUCUCCAUCUCCACAGGUCUACUCGCCCUUGCCUCCGACGCCUUCCAGUGGCAGAAGAAGCUGGACCCACACUUUCGAUGGGCUGUGCUGUGGAAGGUCAGUAUGUUGGUAGGGAAGCUGAUCCUCUUGGCCAUUCCCCAGGCCAGCUCCGAGGUGCAUUUGGAUUCCAUGAUGAGCUGCGGCUUUGAUGCCUUCUGCCCCGACGACUGCCUGGAAGGAGAUGGCUACUGCGCGGAGUUCGAAACCGAUGGGGUCCCGGCCUGCAAGUGCGUGAAAGCCGAGGUGAACUGGACCAUGUAUUUCUUGACGGCGGGCACGAGCUUCCUCCUCUGCUUUCUCACCUUCAUGGACCUGGCGGCGUUCUGUUCUGCGCGGCUCACGCCAUGGCACGAGUCUCCGGUGCGAUGGCUGCAGGGAUCUGUGGCCCUGAUUGGUGCAGCCUUGGUGAAUCUUAGCUCCUGCGCCUUCGCGCUGCUGGUGUCGGUCGCUCCCGCCGAGUGCUACUUGCUGGACUUGACUGCGGUCACUUGUCUGGUGCUCCCCUUGCUCCCACUGACGCUGGUGGCAAACGAAUCCAGAUGGAUUUUGGCCACGUGGAAAGGUUGCGAGUCACGCCAUGCGCUCAUUUGGUCCACUGCCGGCUUGCGCGUGCUGGCUCUUCUGACCUGUGCGGCUGUCGCCGUGUCUGCGCUGCACGCGGCGUCACGGGCUCCGAGCCCGGACCUUGAAGGCACAUGCCGCCUGGUUCACCGCGGAAUCCUCGUAGCAUCCUGCCUCUGCGCGCCUUCUGUGCUGGCCUGCAGCCUCCUUCGUGCCAGAGGGUUGGAAGGUGAGAACGAAGCAUCUCAGGACUCUGAGAGGCGGGAUAUCGUCAACGCCCUGGCCAACCACAUCCAAGCCCAGGAGAAAGCCCAUCACAUCUUAGAUGUGGCCCGGGACGAGGCAGACAGGACCGUACAAAGCCAGGAGCUCAUGAAACAGGUCUCUCUGCUGCCCAAGGCAGUUUCGGAGUUUCCGAGCCAGCUUCGAACCGCCCAGACCGACGUGAUCACCCGACUCACGGAUGAGAAGGCCCAGAGCGCCCUGGAAGCCAAACAGCGGGCUGCCGAGCGAGCCUUUGAGGAGAAGAAGGAGAUCGAGGAGAAGCUGAGGCUCGAGAAGCAAAAGGAGCACGAGCUGGAGCAUGUGGCCGAGAAGGAGCGGCUACGCAAGGAGCAUGCAGAUCUGCAGAAGGAGACGAAGCUGGCCAAAGAGUCAGCAGCCGACCUCCAGAAGCGCCUCUCAGAUCUGGAGCAACAGGAGCUGCAGCAGCGAGCCGAAGCUCGAAAGGAGCAGGAGCUGAGAUAUCGUUUGGAGGAGGAGCGGAAGCUCCAGCAGGACCGCGAAGCGGAUCUUGUCUCACAGCUGGAUGCUUUGAAAGGAAUUCAAGAAAGCUUCGCGCUUGAUGAAGCUCAGCUUGCUGCCAAGCGUGAGAAGCAGCAUCGCCAACGUGAGGCGGAGUUGGCUAAGCUGGGCAUGCACUGCAUUGGGAUGGACAUUGACGAUGUGCCUAAGGCACCAAAGCUGGUCAAUCUUCAUCCAGAUCCUGCCCUCAAGGGCUGCCUCGUCUACUACCUGCCCUGUGGGGAGACGCGGAUCGGGGCCGAUGUGGAGCGUUGCCGCGUCACGCUCUCUGGCCUCAACGUCGGGCCGGAGGUUUGUGCCGUGGACAACGUCGAUCAUGUGCAGCUCUCCGUGCGCCCUUUGGGAGCUGGGCUGGUGCGUGUGAAUGGAUGCAGAGUUGGUGAGGCAGGCCAGCCACUGCGAGAUGGUGACAGGCUUGCCAUCGGCCGUGCCUACAUCUUCAGGGUGCAGGUGCCCCAGGUCGCGAAUGCCCAGGCUGACGCGGUGGACUUCGAGCGUGCUUUAGAGAAAGUCACCAUGCUGGCGUGGACCCAAUUGCACAACUUCUGGGAGCGCCGCUUCUCAACAAAGCACGUGGCAGAUUUGGUCUCCGCAAUGGGCGCAUUCGGUGCCCUGUCUUUGCUCAAAGUUCCUGUGUGCCUCCGAUCCCACCCCCUUUCUGCCCUGGGAGUCAUGGCUUUCUGCGCGUGCUGUGCUGCCGAGACCGAGGGUGUUGUGGAGGAGGAGCCCACGGUGGCCGCACCAGCUCCGGGUGUGGUCUUCACCUUCCUCCUCCCCGAUGGCUCGAGCAAGGAGAUCACCUUCACUGCCAAGCCGUUGGGAUUCUCGGCCGAGAGCGUCGCGCCCAAGUGGGUCAUCUCGCACGUGGCGGGGGAUCCGGUGAACACGGAGCUCAAGGAAGCCAUGAGCCAGAUCCUGCGGGCCGUGAAGGACCUCCCGCAGAAGUGA